AUGACCGGGAAAGCGGGGGAAGCGCUGAGCAAGCCCAAAGCCGAGACAGUGGCCAAGAGUACCUCGGGGGGCGCCCCGGCCAGGUGCACCGGGUUUGGCAUUCAGGAGAUCCUGGGCUUGAACAAGGAGCCCCCCAGCUCCCACCCGCGUGCUACCCUCGACGGUCUGGCCCCAGGGCACUUGCUGGCUGCCCGUUCGGUGCUCAGUCCCGCAGGAGUGGGCGGCAUGGGGCUACUGGGGCCCGGGGGGCUCCCCGGCUUCUACGCACAGCCCACCUUCCUGGAAGUGCUGUCCGACCCGCAGAGCGUCCACUUACAGCCGCUGGGCAGAGCGUCGGGGCCGCUGGACACCAGCCAGACGGCCAGCUCGGAUUCUGAAGAUGUUUCCUCCAGCGACCGAAAAAUGUCCAAAUCGGCUUUGAACCAGACCAAGAAACGGAAGAAGCGGCGACACAGGACAAUCUUUACCUCCUACCAGCUAGAGGAGCUGGAGAAGGCAUUCAAUGAGGCCCACUACCCUGACGUCUAUGCCCGGGAGAUGCUGGCGAUGAAAACGGAGCUGCCUGAAGACAGGAUACAGGUCUGGUUCCAGAACCGCAGAGCCAAGUGGAGGAAGCGGGAAAAGUGCUGGGGCCGAAGCAGCGUCAUGGCCGAGUAUGGACUUUAUGGGGCCAUGGUGCGCCACUCCAUUCCCCUGCCAGAGUCCAUCCUCAAGUCCGCCAAGGACGGCAUCAUGGACUCCUGCGCCCCGUGGCUGCUGGGGAUGCACAAAAAGUCGCUGGAGGCGGCAGCCGAGUCAGGGAGGAAGCCCGAGGCGGAGCGCCAGGCGCUGCCCAAGCUCGACAAGACGGAGCCGGAGGAGCGGGGUUCCGAGCCCCCCGCUGCCAUGUCCCAGGAGGAACUGAGGGAGAACAGCAUCGCCGCGCUCCGCGCCAGAGCGCAGCAGCACAGCACCAAGGUGCUGGGGACUGUGUCCGGCCCCGACGGCCUGGCCCGCAGCGCCGAGGAGCCCGAGCGAGAGGAGGCCGCGGACCAAGACAGGCCGGCAGAGAGGCUGAGUCCCGCGCGGCUCGAGGACGUGGCUUAGGCCAGGGUGCGCGCAGACGCCAGAGCCCCAGGACUCUGCUCUCCUCGCGGGCCUGUGGUGUUGGGAGGUGCUCUCCCAGGCGAGGCCCCGGCCCCGCAGGCCCUCCGUGGCACCCCCCCUCCGCCUCGGGUGACUCCAGCUCGUUUGUGGUUGAGGCUUUGGGCCAUGCUGAGACACCCUUACCUAGUCCUGACCUGUCCAGCACCUUCCUCAUCCUCACAGCCCUGCCUCAGAAGCCUUCCUGCUGCCCCAGCCCACCCCCUCAGGCUACGUUCACUCAAUUCUUCCGCUCCUCUCACUGUCUGAAUCCCCCUCUGGUCUCUUGCUCCAAAGCGCCCUCCUUCCCAGCUCUAUACCCACCGGUGGAUUCUGUUCUGCCCAGACCCAAAGCCCUCAGCUGCAAACACUGCCACCGCGGCCCCAGGGAUGAAGAACCUGCUCUCCACGCUGGUGUCUUUGAGGGCCCCAGCCCCCCAGCAGAACUCUGCUCCCCCUUCGGCAGUGUGGGUGUCCUGUCCUGCCAGGCCCCCCGGCACAAUCUCUGCCUGCCCCCAACACUGGGGCCCAGAUUCCAGAUUAUACUUGGAAAGCCUUGGCCUUGGGCCCCUCGGCCAGCCUUCAUGUCAUGCCCUUCAUGGUCAGCAUCAGGAACCCGCCUUCCACACCCAGCCUGUCCCACUGUUCCUCCCGGCAAAGAUGCCCGGGUCGCAGGGGGGCGGUGUACAGUACCUGCAGUGAGGCCAGGGUGGGCCCUGCAGCCAGGGGGCACCUCUCACAGAUGCUCUAGCUACUGCCCCUUUAGGAAGCCAAAUCCUCCAGCUGGGACCCUUGGGUAUGCGUUCUGGAACAUCCUGACCUCUGAUACCCUGCCUAUGACCCUGACUUGCUGUGCAAGGCAUCCUUCCCUUAGAGCUUCUUGCAAAUUACUGGCUUGCUUGUGCCCUGCCUUGGAUCCCCCCCAAUCCAGCUGUAAAAUGAACACACAGGAAACCACAGAUCUUGACUCAACUUGAUACAGGUCAUUCCUGGAGUGGGCCUGGGGCUAUAAAUAGGCAUCAUGAAUUGAUGACAAGAAGGGUGUGAGAAAAGGCUGAAAGGAGAGAGAGGGAGGAGCCAGUGUUAGUUAGCCCAAACUAUUGGCACACACACUUUCAGGCCAGGUGUGAGUGUGGAGCGUGUUCUCUAGAGUCAGGCCAUGAUGGUGUUGGAAGAGGGGACGGGGGUUUCUUCCUGUCUGCUGAUGGGAGGACUCGUCCAUACUGAUGGCGUCUUUGCACCCCCAGGCCAGACACAUGUCCCUCUCACUCCCAUGGAUUUUUCUCUAUCAUCCCACCCACCUUUGCCAGGAAUCCCUUGCAAGAGAGAGGCCUGAGACAGUGAGUUGGGAUUUUAAUUCCAUGUCAGAAGUUGAUUUCUUAUUCAUUCCGUUCAUGGACCUUUCCCCCAGUUCUUCCUGUCUUUGUCUCCCUUUGGUUUGAAGAGUUAGAUGGUAGCCCCUGGUGUGUAAAUAAUGUACAUAGAAUCAGAAGAAAGAAACUUGAUAUUGAAGUGUUUGGAA